AUGGCAUCGGAAACUGCAGAUUCAGCUGUGCCGAAAAAGACACAGGAAGAGAAGGCUUUGCCCAAACUCACGCCAUCCGAGUUCCGCAGAUAUAACCACAUGGCCGAACACAUGGACUACUUCCACAGCAAUUUCCGCAACACAUGGAAUAUUCUAUACGGCGCCUGCGAAGCAAAAAAGCGACCGCAAAACAUGUCGAUUAGACAAUUCAUCCAGCUGGGCCAACAAUUUUGCCACCACCUCACAGUGCACCACACCAUCGAAGAACAACACGUAUUCCCCAUGCUGGCAACGAGGAUGCCAGCCUUCAAAAAGGAACUCGAGUUGCUGAGCCAACACAAGCAAAUCCACAAGGGCCUGGAUAAACUAGAGCAGUACCUCGAAGAAUGUAGCAGCGGCGAGCGGGAACUGAGGAUGUCAGAGUUGAAGGAGAUUCUGGACGGGUUCGGCAAGGUAUUGUGGCAGCAUUUGGAUGACGAGGUGGAGCAGUUGGGCGCGGAGAAUAUGAGGAAGUACUGGACGUUGGAGGAGAUGAGUAGGAUGCGCAUGUAG